GCUCACACGGUGUGUGAGGUGUGACCAGAGGUGUGACUGUGUGUGACUGGGAGGCUGAGUCUUUCCUCACUCGUCUCCAAACUCCGACCUCUUUUCAGAGGUCUCUUUGCCUUCCUGUGCGUGUGACUUUAAGUGAACCUUUUCCAGCAGCCGUCACCAUGCCUGAGACUGCAGAGUCCCACUCGGUGACCCUCACCACCAACCGCAACUGUACCAUGGAGAUCACCAACAUCAGCUCCGUCUACUGCCUCAUCAACCCAAAGGUUCACAUGGAAAGUGGCUUUUCCUUCAGCCCUCCACAGCCCACCGUGCGCACCACCAAGACCGAGGUGUGCUCCUUCACCAAGGACGACAACACAGCAUCAGGUGCUGUGGGCGUCCUGACCUACGAGCUGUUCAACAUGCGCAGCCGCCAAUGCAACGAGCUGAUCGCCGUCAUGUUCUCGGUGCCCUUUGACUACAACUUCUACAAGAACUGGCUGGGGAUGGGUGUCUUUGAGCACACGCGAGCCUGCGAUAAGCAGCUGUUCAAGCUCAUGUACGACGGGAAAGAUUUCACCAACUUUGUGCGACAGGAGGCCAACGGCUCAGGGGUGAAGUACAGUGGAAGGACAGUGGACGUGAGGGCCUGCAUGUCUGAUGAGGGCAGAGCUAUGGUUAAGCUUGAGUUGUAUGACAAGAUGGGCUGAUGAGUCUGUUUGUAUUGAAUAAAGAGAAUAAAGCGUUCUGCACCUGGUGUGGCAUAAAUGCAGAGAUGUCAUGUAUGUGUUCUUUGAAUUAAAUAAAAAACAGUUCAGUCGA